UGGCUCACUUUCAUGUUCAGGCAGCUGACAGAGGGCUGGGUCUGCAGGGACAAUGGAGAAAAUUUUAUGCAAAAUCCACGGCAAUGUGUGUAUGCUAAAGACUGGCGUCAAAGAUGGACCAAAUAAAGGCAAAAGCUUCUAUGUCUGCGUUGACCAGCAAGGCUGUGGGUUCACUCAUGUGGCAGGAAUCUCUCCGUCCCACUGCCUUCAUCAUGAAGACUCGAUGGUGGAACUCCAAGCUCUCACCUUCAGUCUACAGCAACAGAGCCACAGGUUGUUCUACAGGUGCGUUGUGGGUAAAAAGGCAGGCCAGAGGUGGUGUGGAGACGUGCCGUGGACUGCACCAGAGAAGGAAAAGAGAAACCCUCUAGCUGACACGCAGCUGCAGCCAUCUUGCCUGCCGCCCGUCAGAAACCCCUUCAAAGCCUCCGACAAGUCCGACAAGGACUCUGAGUGGAGGAAGAUGCAGCGUGACAAGAAAAGAAGCGAGGAGAGAGACAGCGGGGCGAGUCACAAGGCAGAGGGAGGAGAAAGUCGUCAGAAAGAAAAUGUGGAGAGCGUCGGUGCAGCAGAGAAGGAAGAGGAAGGAAAGCUGAACUCAGAUGUUUCUUACCACGGUAAACAACUUCCCCCGGGGAUGAAGUUAAAGAAGAGAGUUUCAGAUGAGGAGGGAAAAGGUCCCAAAGCGAGCAGUGAGAAAAAGCUUACGGAUAAAGUGCAAGAUAAGACUGAAGAGGACCACAGUGAGCAGGGGGAAGCAGAAAACGUGACUACUACCUCCAGAGUCGAGGCUGUUCAUCCAGAGAAGAAGAGUCCAGCCUCACAGGGUCCUCACAAGGUCUCACCAAAACAACCAACCAAUACGGGAACCCGUCUGGUUGAACAAACUGACCCUACUGUAAAAGAGAACGUCUCUAAAUCUGCACCAAGGAGCAGCAGAGACUCUGAUAAAACCAGGCACCCCACAUCAACCAAACCAACACAACCAGAGUCCAGUCAAACCAAAGUCGAUGAUGAUGAUGAUGAUGAUGAUGAUGAUGAUGAUGAUGAUGAUGAUGAUGUGGUGGUGGUGUCGGUGAAACCUGCUACUCAGAAAACUCCUCCUGUUCCUGCCGUUCAAAAGACGCUGACCGCCUUCGCUGGGUUCCAGCCGGCGUCUAACGCUAAGGUCAAAGGUCAGCCGGCAGAUCCGAAAGGGAUGCACAGCCUGCUCACGGCUCAACUCCAGCAGAAGAAGGCGACUCUGUCCGUGGUGAACGUUGCAGCUCUGCCAGAUAAAGGGGAGCGUUUGAGGACUCAGGUCAAAGAGCUGGAGGACGCGCUGGAGUCUCUGAGCCUCACUGCUGCUGCUCAGACCGGGUCUCAGGAUGGAGGAAGCAGCAGCGCUGAUGCUGGUCCGGGUAGCAGCCAGGUUAACCCCUUCAGUCGGCAGGGCGGCACCAUCCUGCUCCCUGCCCCCCCAGCACCGGGCCCCUCCCAACACCAGGCCUCUGGUGGCUACACCCAGAUGUUUGGAGCAAACCCUCAGGCCCAGUCCUUCUACGGAGGCAGGAUGACCGAUGACCGUCUGCUGGCGGUGAAAAAUGCCACCUGUGAGACCAUCGACCAUCUCCACAAAUCCAUGGAGUCCUGCCCCGGCGCUGAGGACGAGGUUCCGGACCCCAAAGGCAUCAAGGUGUCACUCAUGCCUCAUCAGAGGAGAGCUUUGGCCUGGCUGCUCUGGAGAGAGAACCAGAAUCCCUGCGGAGGAAUUCUGGCGGAUGACAUGGGUCUGGGGAAAACCCUGACCGUGAUCGCUCUCAUACUGGCCAAGAAGAUCAAAGCAAAAGAGGAAGUAGAGAAGAAGGAAGAGAAGAAGCUGGAGAGCUGGAUCUCCAAAACCGACUCCAGCCUCGUGGUUUCUAAAGGAACCCUGAUCGUCUGUCCCGCCUCGCUGAUCCACCACUGGAAGAGGGAGAUCGAAAGACACGUGAAGACGGGCAAGCUGACGGUGUACCUGUACCACGGACCCAACCGAGAGAAAAGCGCCAAAGUGCUGGCUGAUUUUGAUGUGGUUGUGACCACGUACAGUUUGGUCUCCAAGGAGAUCCCAGUCCAGAAGGAGGACGCUGAGAAACCCAGCAAAGACACUGAUGGAGUGACGUCACGCUCCGCUCCUCUUCUGAGAGUGACCUGGGCCCGGGUGGUUCUGGACGAAGGCCACAACAUCAAGAACCCCAAAGUGCAGACCUCCAUGGCCGUCUGUCAGCUGAGGGCUCGUGCCCGCUGGGCCGUCACCGGAACACCCAUCCAGAACAACCUGCUGGACAUGUACUCACUGCUCAAGUUUCUGCGUUGUUCUCCGUUUAAUGAGUACAAAGUGUGGAAAGCUCAGGUGGACAACGGCUCAAACCGAGGCAGAGAGAGACUCAACAUCCUGACAAGGACUCUGCUGCUCCGACGGACCAAAGACCAGCUGGACUCCACCGGAAAACCACUGGUGUGUCUUCCUGAUCGGACCUGCGAGGUGCAUCAGCUCAAACUGUCCAAGGAUGAACAGGCCGUGUACGAUGUGGUCUUUGCCCAAUCCAGAUCGACUCUACAGAACUACCUGAAGAGACACGAAGGGAAUGAUGUGAAAAAGGGAAACGCUUCCAGUUCCAAUCCCUUUGACAAAGUGGCCCAGGAGUUCGGUAUGUCCCAGGCUGGCGCUGCUGCCUCGAGUUCCCAGCAGCCCCAGCAGGCGUCCAGCACCAUCCACAUCCUGUCUCUGCUGCUGCGCCUCCGACAGUGCUGCUGUCACCUGUCGCUUCUUAAGAAGACUCUGGACACGUCGGAGCUGCAGGGCGACGGUAUCGUCUUGUCUCUGGAGGAGCAGCUCAACGCUCUGUGUCUCUCCUCCAGCCCCUCUUCAACGUCGGCGUCUGGAUCUCAACCCGCCGACACCGUGGCCCUCAACGGCACCCGCUUCCCCUCACAGCUGUUUGAGGACACCAGUGAGAGCACCAAGAUUGCUGCCAUCGUCUCCGAGCUGAAGGCGAUCAGACAGAAGGGAGCUGAUCAGAAAAGCGUGAUCGUGUCCCAGUGGACCAGCAUGCUCCGGAUCGUAGCGGUCCAUCUGCGUCGGAUGGGCCUGAGAUACGCCGUCAUCGACGGGACCGUCAACCCCAAACACCGCAUGGACCUGGUGGAGGAGUUCAACACCAACGCCGACGGGCCGCAGGUGAUGCUGGUGUCUCUUUGUGCUGGAGGGGUCGGACUGAACCUCAUCGGUGGGAAUCACCUGUUUCUCAUUGACAUGCACUGGAACCCGGCUUUGGAGGAUCAGGCCUGUGACCGGAUCUACAGAGUUGGACAACGUAAAGAUGUCACCAUCCACAGGUUUGUGUGUGACGGCACGGUGGAGAAGAAGAUCUCCAAGCUGCAGGAGAAGAAGAAGGAGCUGGCCCAGAAUGUGCUGUCGGGAACGGGAAGCACCGUCUCCAAACUGUCCCUGGCCGACCUCAGGAUCAUUUUUGGUGUCUGAGACGGGAAAAGAAUUGUCAAACCCCAAUGUUACAACAGCUGACGACUGUAUAUGCAUGUGUUUAAAGUUCAGGGGAUAAUAAUCUCAUAAGACUGAGGUAAUAAAUAACCAAAAAUCAUAGAUGCUAGAGGGCUUAUUUUACCACUAUUAUCUUUAUCCAGAACAGUGUUUUUAUCUGCAUCCUCUCUGCUCUACAAAUAGUUAUUGGACUUCAUGUGCCUUCACAUUUUAUUUCAAAUUUUCCUUUUACUUAAACUGUUUGUCCCUUAUUUCAGUACUGCUAUUAGCAUCUGUUUACUCUUAUAUAUGUUGCUUUAGCUGGUCUAUUUCAACAUUAUUUCAGUUGUUGAAUUUGACGUUACAUUCUUUCUAAUUUUUUAUGGCAUAUGCUACAGUAAGUGUCUCAUAUAAUUAAGUAUUUUUAAAACUAUGUGUUCCAUGCUUUUAUCCUAAUUUAGUUAAAUCAAGUUAUUUUAAAAUGUGAUAUCUUGCUCAUUAUUGGAGUGAAGCAAAUAUUUCCUCCUGUUUUUAAUAUCUAUAGUUUGUCACCUGAUGGAGUAAACUUCUUUUAAAGCUGUUUUCAAAUAUCUUUGUUUAAAAUUAUGUAUUGUUUUUAUUUGUUUUCUUUUAUUUGAAUAAAUUCAGGUGAUGAAGCUCACGUUACUGCUCGCUCUAAUUUGAAUAGUAACUUCUGAUCGUGUGUAAUUUGCUCAUUCUUGUUUGGAUUUUAAGGUUAAAUCAGAUCUAAUAAUUGCA